AUGCAAGCUCCGAGCCACACCCCUCCACUCCGUGCCUCGACCGUCCGGCUCAGAGCAGCUGCUUCCUCUUCACCUUGUUCUGUGGGAGAAUGCAGUACAUCCUGCAGCUUCAUCACACACCUCGACUGGUCUCUGGACAGCAAAAUCCUGCAGACCAACGACGGAGCCGGAGAACGUUUCUUCUACCGAAUGCCCAUGGGGAAGCCGGUGAGUAAGGAGGAGGUGAAGGGUCAGUGCUGGGCGUCCUGGAGUGGCGUCCUGGGCUCCGAGGUCAGCGGCAUCUGGUCCAAAUACUCUAAUCUAACCGACAUUAAUGCCGUGGAUGCCAACCACACCGCUGCCGUGCUUGUCACCGGAGACGACCUCGGCCUUGUGAAGCUCUACCGCUUCCCCUGUCUCAGGAAAGGAGCCAAAUUCAAAAAGUACAUCGGGCACUCGGCCCACGUGACCAACGUCCGCUGGUCACAUGACCAGCAGUGGGUGCUGACCACGGGUGGAGCCGACCACGCCCUCUUCCAGUGGAGGUUUCUACCGGAGUCAGUCAUGAACGGAGGUCUGGACACCAACAUACAAGACAGUCACGGGGACUCCAACAGCGAGGAGUCGGACAGCGACGUGUCGGACGUCCCGGAGCUCGACUCCGACAUUGAGCAGGAAACGCAGAUCAACUACGACAGACAGGUGUAUAAGGAGGACCUGCCUCAGUUGCGACAGCAGAGCCGAGAGAAGAAACAGCAGGUUGGAUCUCUGAAGAGGCAGCGAGGACCAGACCAAGGCCUCCGGCUGCAGUUUGUUCACGGGUACCGUGGCUAUGACUGCAGGAACAACCUGUUCUACACUCAGGGGGGGGAGGUGUUGUACCAUGUGGCUGCGGUGGGCGUGGUCUAUAACCGGCAGCUGCACAGCCAGCGCUUCUACCUCGGCCACGACGACGACAUCCUGAGCCUCAGCAUCCACCCGCUGAAGGACUACGCUGCUACGGGACAGGUGGGGAGGGACCCGGCCAUCCAUGUGUGGGACAUCCAGACUCUGAAGUGUCUCUCUCUGCUCAGAGGUUUCCACCAGAGAGGAGUGUGUGCUCUGGACUUCUCAGCUGAUGGAAAGAGUCUGGUGUCCGUCGGAGUCGAUGACGGACAUUCAAUCGUAGUCUGGGACUGGAAGAGAGGAGAGAAACUCGCUACUGCCAGGGGUCACAAGGAGAAGAUAUUUGUGGUGAAGUGUGAUCCCUUGCUGAUGGACAAACUGGUCACUGUGGGAAUCAAACACAUCCAGUUCUGGCAACAUGCAGGGGGCGGUCUGACCUUCAGGCGUGGUGCGUUCAGGAGCGUGGGCCGGCCGGAGACCAUGAUGUCGGUGUGUUACGGCCGCACCGAGGCGCUGGUGUUCUCCGGCGGCGCCACCGGAGACGUCUACAUCUGGAAGGAAGCGCUGCUGCUGAAAACUGUCAAAGCCCACGAUGGACCGGUGUUCGCCAUGUUCUCCCUCGACAAGGGCUUUGUGACGGGCGGGAAGGACGGCGUGGUGGAGCUGUGGGACGACAUGUUCGAGCGCUGUCUGAAGACGUACGCCAUCAAGAGAGCGGCGCUGUCCCCGGGAUCUAAAGGCCUGCUGCUGGAGGACAACCCGACCAUCAGGGCCAUCACUCUGGGUCACGGUCACAUCCUGGUGGGAACCAAAAACGGAGAAGUUCUGGAGAUCGACAAGUCCGGACCCAUGACCCUGCUGGUGCAGGGUCACAUGGAGGGUGAGGUCUGGGGUCUGGCCCCUCACCCCCUCCUCCACGUCUGCGCCACCGUCAGCGACGAUAAAACUCUGCGACUGUGGGAGACGUCAGCCAAUCACCGCAUGGUGGCCGUCCGCAAGCUGAAGAGAGGCGGUCGCUGCUGUGCCUUCUCCCCUGAUGGGAAGGCGUUGGCGGUCGGUAUGAGCGAUGGCGGUGUGCUGGUGGUGAACGCCGACACCCUUGAGGAUCUCCUGAGCUUCCAUCACCGCCGCGACGCCAUCUCCGACAUCCGCUUCACCCCGGACUCGGGGAAGUUCCUGGCAGUGGCGUCUCAUGACAGCUUCGUGGACAUCUACAACGUGCAGAGCAGUAAGAGGGUGGGGAUCUGCAAAGGAGCGUCCAGCUACAUCACACACAUCGACUGGGACGCUCGAGGUAAACUGCUGCAGGUGAACACAGGAGCCAAAGAGCUACUCUUCUUCGAAGCCCCGAGAGGAAGAGGACAAACCAUCAAAAACUCUGAGCUGGAGCGGGUGGACUGGUCCAGCUGGACGUGUGUUUUGGGUUCGAGCUGUGACGGCAUCUGGCCGACGCACAGCGACAUCACCGACAUCAACGCCGCCUCGCUCACCAGAGACCGGACGCUGCUCGCCACCGGAGACGACUUCGGCUUCCUGAAGCUGUUCGGCUACCCUGUUGAAGGUCAGUACGCUCGUUUUAAGCGUUACGUGGGCCACAGCGCGCAGGUCACCAACGUCCGCUGGGCUCAGGACGACUCCGCCCUGCUGACGGUGGGUGGGGCCGACAGCGCCCUGAUGAUCUGGGCAAGGGAGCGUGGAGGCGGGGUCAGCGGAGAGGGGGAGGGGCCUUUGUGUCGCGACAACCGACCGCCCGUGGACAGCGAGGAGUCGGACGAUGACGUCGAGGAGGACGGAGGCUAUGACAGUGACGUCGCCCGGGAGAAGACGGUGGAUUACACGACGAAGAUGUACGCCGUCAGCAUCCGAGAGAUGAGAGGAACCAAACCUCACCAACAGCUGAAGGAGGUUUCUGCUGAGGAGAGGCAGGGCAUUGUCAAGCCUCCAGUGAGUCGAGCAGCGCCGCAGCCAGAAAAGCUCCAGAAAAACAACGUCUCCAAGAAGAAGAGACUGGUGGAGGACCUGGUUCUGGAUCACGUGUUCGGUUUUAGAGGCUUCGAUUGUCGCAACAACCUGCACUACCUCAAUGACGGCACCGACAUCGUCUACCACACCGCCGCCACCGCCAUCGUGCACAGUCUCACCACCGGAACUCAGAGCUUCUACCUGGAGCACACGGACGACAUCCUCUCUCUGACCGCCAACCAGCACCCGAAAUACAAAAACGUCAUCGCCACUGGACAGAUCGGUGACGUCAGUGAACUGCCAGGCACCACUCCUUCCAUCCACGUGUGGGACGCCAUGAGUAAACAGACUCUGUCCAUCCUCCGCUGCCCGCACACUAAAGGCGUCGGCUACGUUAACUUCAGCGCCACGGGGAAGCUGCUGCUGUCUGUCGGGGUGGAGCCUGAACACACCAUCACUGUGUGGCGCUGGCAGGAGGGAUCCAAAGUGUGCAGUAAAGCCGGACACCCAGACCGGAUCUUCGUGGUGGAGUUUCGUCCGGACUCGGACUCGCAGUUCGUCUCUGUGGGAAUUAAACAUGUGAAGUUCUGGACGCUGGCCGGCGGCGCUCUGAUGUACAAGAAGGGCGUGGGGACGGUGGAGGACGGCAGGAUGCAGACAAUGCUGUCAGUCGCCUUUGGUGCUAAUAACUUGACGUUCACCGGAGCCAUCAACGGGGACGUGUACGUGUGGCGGGACCACUACCUGCUGAGGGUCGUAGCGAAGGCUCACACCGGGCCGGUGUUCACCAUGUACACCACGCUGAGAGACGGGCUCAUCGUCACCGGCGGCAAGGAGAGGCCGACUAAGGAGGGCGGUGCGGUGAAGCUCUGGGAUCAGGAGAUGAAGCGUUGUCGUGCCUUCCAGCUGGAGACGGGGCAGCAGGUGGAGUGUGUCCGCUCCGUCUGCAGAGGCAAGGGUAAGAUCCUGGUGGGGACGAAGGACGGGGAGAUCAUCGAGGUCGGGGAAAAGAACGCGGCGUGCAACCUGCUGCUGGACAGUCACGCUCGGGGGGGAAUCUGGGGUCUGACCGCUCAUCCUGCUAAAGAGCUCUGCAUCACUGCCAGCGACGACGCCACCAUCCGGCUGUGGGACCUCACGGACAAGAAACUGUUGAACAAGGUGUGUGUAGGCCACGCUGCGCGCUGUGUGAGCUACAGCGCAGACGGAGAGAUGCUGGCGGUCGGGAUGAAGAACGGCGAGUUCCUCCUCCUCCUCUCCAACUCGCUGAAGAUGUGGGCGAAGAAACGAGACCGCAGCGUCGCCAUCCAGGACAUCCGGUUCAGUCCUGACAGGCGGCUGUUGGCGGUCGGAUCGGUGGAGAACACGGUGGAUGUUUACGAUGUGAGCGCAGGACCAAGUUUGACCCGGGUGGUUUACUGCAGCGACAUCCCGGCCUUCAUCCUGCAGCUCGACUUCUCUGCUGACAGCUGCUACAUACAGGUGUCCACAGGAGCUUAUAAGCGGCAGGUGUUUGAGGUUCCUUCGGGGAAGUUGGUGAGUGACCAGACCAUCAUCGAUAGAGUCACCUGGGCAACCUGGACCAGCAUCCUGGGAGAUGAAGUUUUGGGGAUUUGGCCACGAAACGCAGACAAAGCUGAAGUGAACUGUGCGUGUGUGUCUCACGCCGGCCUCAACGUCGUCACCGGAGACGACUUCGGAUUGGUCAAACUGUUCGACUUCCCGUGCACAGAGAAGUUUGCCAAACACAAGCGCUACCUCGGCCACUCUGCUCACGUGACCAACAUCCGCUUCUCCCACGAAGACAAAUACGUGAUGAGCACAGGAGGAGACGACUGCAGUGUGUUCGUUUGGAAAUGUCUGUAAAACGCAGAGACUUCGUCUGCUGACGCUUUUCUCCAAAGCGCCUGAACACGUGACAGCACCACAAGUGGCUCCAGAGGGAGUAGAACCUGCAACCUUCAACCUUCGUUUCUACAGUUUACAAGCCGGAGAUGGAAGAAGACGAGACUUUUAGAUUCUGUCGCGGUGACGAGGCAGAAAACUUCAGACCAAACGAUGGAUCACAUGACCCUGAAGCUGAACAAAUGAAGAGACGUGAAGAAGCAGAAGAAAACAACAUUUGAGAUUUUCACAAAGACAAAGCAGAAGCCAUUAGUCCAGGGGCCAGAUGCAUAAAGUCUGUGUGCACACAAGAGGAGCAUGGAUUCAUAUUCAGAUGUAUGAAGUUUGAUCUUCUGUCAAUCUUUGUGGACAGGUUCUCACUUUUUAAACUCUAUUUUGGGGCCAAACUAUUUCAUAUGUAAAUAAUACAUUUGGUGUGUUUUUAUCUGUUAAAAUAGUUAUUACUGAAGAAAGAAGAAAAACAUCAAUAUAACAGCUGAUUACAAGGGUUAUUAUUAUAUUAUUAAAAUGUUCCUUCUGUACUAGAAACGAAAAGAUCUGCUCAACUAAAGAUGCAAUCAUGGAAGAUUAAAGCUGCCAUUUGAAAAAAUUAAUGUAAUAAUAAAGAAGAAAUGUAGAAAUAAAAGCCUCAAUUAUCAAAUGAAUUAUCAGAUAAAAAUAAAUGAUGAUUACAUAAAAUGUAUUUAUUUAUUUGAAUUUUAAUCUUUUCUCAAUUUAUUAUGUUCUGUUUACAUUUAUUUCGCUUUAUUUGUAUUAUUUAUUUGUAUUAUUUCUUCACCCGCAUGUUAAUGAGGGGGCGUGUCAUGAUGAUAAUUGUCUCUGUCCCCACGACCAAUCGAUGGCCUCUGUCAUAUAGAUCAACCAAUGGCUGACAUCAUCAAGACACGCCCCCUCAGUAACAUACAGGAGAAGAAACACAAAUAAAUUAAGAAGUACAAACAUAAAUAUGGAAAUUAAUAAAUAGGAGAUAAAGAAAAACUUAAAUGAAUGUAAAUUGAAAAGAAUAAAUAAAUAAAUAUAAAAAUCAGUUAUUUGUUUGUAUUUAUAAUUAAUUCUUUAACCUGCACAUUUAUUUGCUAGUUGAGGCUUUUAUUUCUACAUUUCUUUAUUUCUUGUAAAGUCAGCUUUAGUCCUCCACAUCAACGAGGCUUCAUCAGACUCAUUCACAUUUACAGGUGUAAUAAGAUGGUUCAUGAAUAAUGUGUGUUAUUAUUUUCUGUCUCAUGGUUUGUGUAUAUUUAUACAUCGGCCUCCUGGAUCGAUGCUGCAUUCAAGUCCCCUUUGGAAAACACAAGAUUGAAAGAGUUUCACAGUAAACACAAGUGAUGGGACCAUUUAAAGGAGAAACUGGUAACUGAUCUGCUGACAUGAUACAAAACAUUAAGGACGUUCUGCACUGGGGGAAAAGAUGCGUUUCAUAUUUAUAGAAACGUCCUGAAGUUUAAUUUGAAUUACUUUUCAAUUUAAAGAGCCUUUACUGCGUCUGUCGUUGGAUAUCAUCACACUUAAGUGCCUUUCUGGAUCUUUCUACUUCUGUUUGUUUUCUUCUUUUUCAUUGGGGAUAUUUCAUACACUUUUGUUAUUUUUAUUUCAUCCACAGUUGAACUUGUUUUGUAUUCUGUCUGGUGCUACACUGAGAAUGUUUUAUUCAACAGAAAUGGACGGAAAUAUGAAAAUAUUUUCUUCGCUGCUGCUUUUUGUUUUAAAGACCAUUGUGACCGUAAAACAACAAAAGAAAUACAUGUUCAGAGAAAUAUUUAUGGAAAUAUCUAAAUGUUAUUUAUGCCUACAUUACAGUGUGGAUGAGUUUUCUGUGUCUGGAUGUUAACUUCUAACUGUUGUGAAAAGUGUCAAAAGAGUUUGUGUGAAGAGUUCCAGAUGUUAAACACCUGCUUUGUUGAAACCCUUGAUUUCCUGCGGGAUCAGAAGGUCCCUGAAGUAAUCACGAGGCUCGUUGUUUUCUGUCUGAGAAGCAAGAAAAAAUAGUUUCAUCGACACGACUGCUUGAAAAAUUCACAAUAAAUGAAAGUUUGAUACUCGA